AUGUACCUAUAUCAUGCAUACGACAGUAGCGGCAGCAGCAGUAGUACCAGUAGCAGCAGUAGCAGUAAUAGUGGUAGUUGCUGCUGCAGUAGCACUAGCAUUAGUGGUAGCAACAGCAGUAGUAGAAGUAACAGCAGUAGCAUAAGCAGCAGCAGUAGUGGUAGCAAUAGCAGUUGUAGCAGUAGCCGUAGUAGCUCAAGCAGCAGUUGUAGCAGUAGCAGCGGCAGUUGUAGCAGCACCAGCAGUUGUAGUAGCAGCAGCAGUUGUCGCGCCAAUCCCUGCGUGACGUCAGAGCCUACGUCAGCGAAUUCCGUCUAG